AUGGCUCUUCCUUCGACACAGAAAAAAUGGGUUAUUAUGGGACAAGAGAAAGGCUAUGAUGAAUUAAACUUUACCGAUGGGCCUAUUCCAACAGUCGGAGACUAUGGUGUUCUGGGCACUUAUAUCUUUCAUCUUCAUCUUCCUAUUGUUGGCGGUUCUGAUGGGGCUGGGGAAGUUAUCGAAGUGGGACGUAAAGUUACCAAGUGGAAGAAGGGUGAUAGAGUUACCACGCUCUUCAACCCAGGGCACCAAUCUGGACCUAUGACCAGGGCUAUAAUGCGCAACGGAAGUAUCGGCGGCUCUUUCGACGGCACCUGGCAGCAAUACGGAGUAUAUGAAGAGAAUUGGCUAGUACGCCUUGCUUCUAACCUGUCGUAUCUUGAAGGUGCUUCUCUCUCGGAUUGCGGAUUGACAGCGUGGAAUGCCCUUUAUGGAUUAAAGGCAGUUAAACCAGGUGAUUGGGUUCUAGUUCAAGGAACCGGCGGUGUGAGCCUCUUCGCCAUUCAGUUUGCAAAAGCCGGAGGGGCUAAAGUGGUCGCUACAACGUCGUCUACUAGCAAAUACGAGCUACUCCAACGCCUUGGUGUGGACCAUAUUAUCAACUAUUCAGAAGAUAAAGACUGGGGACUCACGGCACGGAAUUUCACCCCGAAUGAAGAAGGAUUUGACCAUAUCCUUGACGUCGGGGGCCAAGAAACGCUGCCUCAUAGCGUGAAGGCGAUCAAGCCUGAAGGCAUCGUUACUGUAAUUGGAAUCUUGACAGGCGUGGAGACUAAGAAUGCCAGUAUUCUAGAUGCGCUGUUGAACACCUGCACUUUCCGUGGAAUUCAUAUUGGUUCCAGGGACCAGAUGGAUGAAAUGAUGGCAGCAAUAGAUGCCAACAAGAUCCAGCCAGUUUUGGACAAGAGAGUGUUCAAGCUAGAGGAGCUGCGGGAGGGCCUUGAAUACAUGGAAGCUCGAAAGCAUACUGGCAAGGUAGUAAUUGAGAUUCCUUGA